AUGAGUGCCCCCGAACGCGUCAAUGCUGGCAUCGGAAUCGCGUACGGGCUACUCCAUCUGGACCUUGUAAUAUACAUGAUUGAUUACCGCGCGUCUAGUUCACAAGCCCGAUAUUUCCGCGAGAGGCAAGAUAAGAUAAAAAACGUCGUCAAGGACUUCGGCGUGCUCCAACGCUUCUACGAGGGCAUUCAGCUCAGAGGCAUCGCACUAUCGCUUAUUAAGGAGGUGGACGACAUCGUGGAGAAUUUCCGAAGUUGGAGCUGGGAAGCGGUAUACCGCGCUCAGAAUAAGGUAUACGACCACAUGGAAGAAGAGCUCCGGCGACUCGGCAUGAUCCCGCCGGAACAACAAGCCGAGGGUAGCGCAAAGUGGGAGUGGGAUCCGCACCGGAGGCAAUACUACUACUGGGCGGGCGCGGAUAACAUGUACAAGUAUCAGAACGGCCUGUGGGUUAGGCCCGACGGUACAGAAACAAACGCUGCUCAGGAAGCAGCGUUGAAGAGGGCGGCCGAGGAGGCUGCCAGAAGGGGUCCACCUGCUCCUCCAGCGCUGCCGGGAUAUGCAAAUGGUGUCACCGACGGGAUGCGGCAGCUCACUAUGGGGAAGGGCGAGGAUCAUAACGACUACGAGGAGCAGGUCGAUUGA